CUGGCGUACGGAGCGCGCGCGCGCGGCUGUGCUGAUGAGGAGUCGGACUGCUGUGUCAUUGUUCUGAGACAAACCCGUGCUCAGCUCCUCUGCAGCCUCACCGGUGCAUGGUAUUUAACGAGUUACCCCAGCCAUGGAUGCAGAAAAGAGUGGUGACAUUUCAAAUGUGCCAGACGCUGCAGCGCAGCAGGAGAGUCUAACAGUAAACGAAGUUGCAUCAAAACUGCAGACGCCAGUAGAGCCUGAGAAGUUAUCAGCUGCUGAACAGACUCAGAAUUUGGCUGUUACCGGCGAUAAAGAAGUAAUGGAGGUCAAGGACACCCCGAUCAAACAAGCGGAAUUGAUCCCUGAUACAGUGGCAGAAUCAGAUGAGUCGUCUAAAAAGGUAUCUGGCCCAGUUACAGCUUUAAGCACAGAACCAGAAAACAUUCAUCCUGUGCCAGAGAACACCCCAGAACAUUUGGCCCCGCCGACAACGUUGGCAGCGAGUGUCCCUGUACCAGCGCCAGAGAAAUUGGCAGCGUCAGUUCCAGAAGCUGAACCACUAGUGCAAACAUCACCUCAACCAGCCACAUUGCAACAGCCAGUAGAAGCCAAACAAGCAGAGAAAUCUGAGCCACAACCGCAGACCGCAAUGGACUCUGUGGAACAGAAGUCUGAAGAAAAACCAGUAGAAGGUUUGCUUGAAGCUGUAGCAUUAAAGGAGGAAUCAGCUGAAAAUGUAAAUAUGAAGCCUCCUGAGGAUGAAAAGAAGUCAUGUGAGUCAGAUGUGAUUAAAGAAGCUGAGCUUUCAGCAGCUGAAGGGGAAGUAGUGAAAUCUGAGCAGAAAGAGUCUAAAAAGGACACUGUCCCCUCUUCUGGCUCCUUGUCCUUUGCCCUCUUGCAACAAGAAAAGACCAAAGAUGCCCUGCGAACCUCCCGUACACUCGUUGUCCUCCGAGGCCUUCCGGGCAGCGGUAAAAGCUUUUUGGCUCGCACCAUAGCUGAGGCCUACAAAGGCCAGUGCUGUGUUCUCUGUGCCGACGACCACGGUGUGAAGCCUGAGAACCCAGAAUCAUCUGUGGAGGGUUACAAGGCUCUGGAUGAUGCUGUAGCUGCCUCCUGCAGUGCUGGAACCGCUUCCUCGGUGAUAGUGGUGGAUGACACCAACCACACCCAUGACAGACUGGCCCGAUUCUGGGAGAUUGCAGAGCAGCACCGUCUUGUUACAAUCUUCUUGGAGCCGCGUACCGAAUGGGGUCAAGAUGUCUCGCAGCUGACUAAGAAGACCGGACGGGGACUCAAGGAUGCCCAAAUGCAAGCCAUGAAAGGUCAAUUUGAGGAGACAUCCUUUCCUCUUUACUUUGGCUGGUUUCUUCUCUCCACAGUCCAAGACAAGGUUGGGUGCACGGCAAUGGACUUUUUAAAGACGCUGGACACUUUGGAGGCCUUCAAGAAACACUUGAGUGACUUUACUGGGAAACCUGACGAGGAGGUGGAUCUGGAACAAUAUUUCCAAGCAAGAGGGCUCUUACAUUGCACCACCAAAUUCUGCAACUAUGGCAAGGCAGAAGGUGCCAAAGAGUAUGCAGAAAACCCAUCUGUUGCAGCUUUGUAUGGUUCUGUAUUCGAGCUGUCUCUGAGUGCCCUCUUUGUCACGCCUCGCACAUUCGGUGCCAGAGUGUCCCUCUCUGAAGAGCAGCUCCUGCUGUGGCCUAGUGACGCUGAGAAGGAGGUGGCAGCCGCCGUCCCCGCAGCUGCCUCCCUGCCUCCGGGAAGCCGUGCCCACAUCACACUGGGCUGUGCGAAGAAUGUGGAGGCAGUCCAAACAGGUCUGGAUCUGCUUCAGAUUCUAGCGAUUCAGAAGGAUGGCCAACAGGGGGAGCAGGUAGAGGAAAUGGAGUUGGGAUCUCUGACCUACUAUGGUGAAGGGAGGUGGAUGCUCAGUCUCAGAGAGCCGAUCUGCGCACUGGCCUGCUUCUCCAGCUUCUAUGGGCCCAAAGAGUGCGAGCAGCCCAAAAAGGAACCAGAGAAGAAAAAGAAGUUGAAGUGUAUCGUACUCUAAACGGUGUUUUGGAAGAUUGAAUACAGAUUAAGGCUUACUCUGAAGGUGUGUUUAUGCAGUGUUUGGGGUUUCAAUUACAGUCACUCUAAACCCACAAGCUGUGCCUUGUUUAAUACUCUUUGCACCACGACCUGAGAUGCCUUCAGUCGGUUUAGGCUUCUUAAGCUUCAGUCAGUCACAAGUCAUUAGCAGAAUUACAGUGUCUUGCAGUUCUAGGCUUUUAGUAGUAAAACAUAAUCUCUCAUCUCCACAGUUCCUCUUGAAGUUGCAUCUUUUGGCUCCUGCCUUCUCAGUGUUUCUGUAUUUAAAUGUGAAUCCAUCAGUUAGGUACUCUGAUUGCAUGCAAACUGGGUUUAACAGUUUAUGUGAACACAC